AUGACCUCCCAGGAGAUUCCGUGGACCUCCCUCAAAGCCCUCUCCUUCGACAUCUACGGAACCCUCAUCGACUGGGAGACCGGCAUCGCACACUCCGCCCGCGCCACCGCCCUAGGCCCCUUCCUCCCGUCGUCCCACAAGCAACUCAUGCUCGCAAUCGAACACCACGACACCACCGUGCAACGCGAACACCCCACCUGGCCGCAGACGCGCAUCAUCGCCGAGGGACUCCGCCGCUACGCCAAGCAACUCGGCGUCGUGGAGCGAGGAGACCUCACCGCGGAGCAAGUCGAAGCCGCGUGCGAGCAGUACGGAAGCAAGAUAGGAGAAUACCCUGCCUUUGUAGAUAGCGUGCAAGCCAUGCAGCGUCUGGGGAGGCGGUAUCGACUCGUCCCGCUCUCGAAUGUAGAUCGCGCGUCUUUCGCGCAGACUCUCCGGGGCCCGCUCCGGGGUUGCCCGCGUUUCGACGCCGUCUACACGGCCGAGGAGAUCGGGUCUUAUAAACCCGACCUUGCCAAUUUUCGUUACCUUCUGGAGCAUGUGAGGGGGGAUUUUGGCGUGGAGAAGGGCGAAUUGUGUCAUGUCGCGCAGAGUUUGUUUCAUGACCAUGGACCUGCCAAGGAAGUGGGAUUGUUGCACAGUGUGUGGGUGGAUCGGGGCGGCGAGAUGGGAGGAGACCCAGAGCAUGCGCAGGAGAGGUUUGGGUUCAAGGUGAAAGUGCAGACGUUGGGGGAAUUGGCGGAGAUUGUGGAGAAGGCGUGGGAGACGGCCGGGAAGUAA